ACACGCACUCUCUCUUUCCUUUCUUUAUUCCUUCAGUCUUCUUAACACAUUCCUCAUUCUCAUUCAUCCUUUCUUUCUCAAUUGCAAACUACAAGCACACUAGUUAGUUAAUUGGUGUAGUGUUGAACAUAGCAAAAGCAAUGGCAAACAUUGUUUCCAUGCUGGAUUGUGUGCCUGUAGGAUUCAGAUUCCGUCCCACAGAUGAAGAGCUUGUAGAGUUUUACCUCAAACACAAGUUGUUGCAUGAUGAUUUCCCUGUCCACAUCAUUCCUGAGAUCGACCUUUGCAAGGUGGAACCUUGGGACGUACCAGCAAAAUCAGUGAUAAAAUCCGAAGACCCAGAAUGGUUUUUCUUCAGUCCUAUUGAUUACAAGUAUUCAAAUAGUAAAAGAUUUAACAGGACUACGAAACGUGGCUUUUGGAAAUCCACUGGAAAAGACCGUCAGAUUAAGACUAGGGGAACCAACAAUAUCAUUGGGUUCAAGAAGACUCUUGUUUUCCAUAAUGGUCGUGUCCCUGGUGGUGUCAAGUCCAACUGGGUUAUUCAUGAAUAUCGUCGUGCUGUUAACUUUCCUGAAAGCCAGAGGACUUUUGUUUUAUGUCGCUUGAUUAAGAAACCAGAAAAAAAUUCUGAAGGGGGAACCAAUGCACUGAUCUAUGAUCAAGGAGAGUCCAGUAGACACAUGGCCUCUUCUGACCGUGAAAAUUGGGCAUCAGAAGAAGAAUUUUCACCUCUAGGUGCUUUCCCUGACAUAAAUAUGGAAAGAAUCUUUGAUGAAAUACAUCAGACACCGCUAUUCUCCCCCCCAGUACAACUUGAUAUGCAAACUCCAUUUGAAACUACUGAAGAAGAAGAUGAUUUCUUUAAUUCAAUUUGGGCUCAUGAAAAUUUUACAAGUGAAGAAAGCAAGCAUGCUUUUGUCACUAGUUCUACCCAGUCAGAGUCAUUGAGAAGGGUAUUCAAUGAAAGCAGUGACACAGAUGCUGAAGUUGUUUCUACAAUGCACGGCAAUAUUGUGGAUACUUCCGGAGUGUGUAAUGAACAUCCUAGUUCAAGUGAAUACCAUGUCUCAAAAAUGUUUAAAUCAGCACAUGGUUCUGUCCACGGUGGCGUGCAUCUUCUAUCUUCUAACAAUGAAGCAAACAAAGGGAAAAAGGACACUGUCAUUCGAGAUGAUUACUGGGCAGCGGAGACAUCAUCUUGUGACUCGAAUGGAAAUAAACCUUUAGAGAUCAAUUGUAUUGAAAUUUCUAGCUCUCCUUCCACACUAAGAAGAUGGAAAACUCCACAUCAUCCAAGAUCGGAGAACUUCAUAUCAGCAAGAGCUGUUGCAAGAAGAUCUCAAACACAUCGAAAGGUUUCAAACAAAGCAGUACACCAUGUUGAGGAUCUGAAGGAAUUGACUGUUGUGGAAUCAGGAAAAGAUCUGAACAAUGCUCAAAAUUCAAAUUCGAAAGAGAAUUUUCAAACUAAAAGGCAUCAAUCCUCUUAUGUCAAUAAAAAAGGUUCUUUCAUCUUCUUGGAGACACCUUCAUCAUGCCAAAGCCUAGUACCACGCUCGGUAUAUCUUGUCAAUGUAGUUAUAGGGAUUGUGUUGCUAAUAGUGAUUAGUUUGGAUGUAUUAUCAUGUUAGAGGUACUGGUAGUGUGUACGAAGGGCUGGUGAGUGUACCAUGGUUCCUUCUCGCGAGGUGCUGGAAUUUCAUCAUUAUAAGAUAUGUAAUGUGUAUGGUUCACAUGAAGUUUUCAUUGAUGCAAGCUUACUGCAUCUUUCUUAUCAUAAUGAAAUAUCUAUGGUUACUACUUGUAGCUUUUUCCAUUGUCAUUAAUUUUGCAUUGCAAUCUUGAUACCUGUAUAAUCAAACUAUGGAGUGAACGCCUAAAUUGUUUGUAUAAAGAUUAAUAUGUGUCAAUGUAUUAAUCCUUGGAUUUUUUUAUCACCGAACUAGUCACUCAAGGAUAUCUAAAAGUUACCAAUCUUGUCCUUUUACGUCUCAUUUUAAUUCCCCGUAAGGAUAGAUGUGGUGACAUUUUUAAUCAUUAAGGGAUUAAUCUGGAAACAUUGCAAUAUUUGGAAGACCACUUCAGGGGUUUACUCCUUAAAUCUUUGAUAAUGUGAACCUUAAGUCUUAAACAAAUAUAUCUCGUUAUGGGAAUUUUGCUGAAUUUUAGUGAGAUGAGCUUUCAUAUUUGUAGCUAAACUAGUUGGUAUUGUAGACUGUAGAGUCAUACAGACAACAUAUCUGAAUAAGCCUACGCUGUUUGAUGCUGUUCAAAAUAUGCUUGUAUGUGUCAGGUCAGUUGUUCAAUAUGUAGUCAGCAUCAGGAACUCAUUUUCUUUUUCAAUGAAGAUCUGUAACUAAAUUAUAACAAAAAUGAUUGAAAAUGAACAUUAGCUGGAGUUCUAGAUAAAGAUACUCUUUUGUCCGCUAAAAAUAUUUUUGUUCAAUGUCUGAAUCCGCCUAAUUGAAAAAUAUCAUUCAGUAGAACCUAACCUAACCAAAAUCAUUUAUUUAAUGAGCAUUUUUAUGAUACAGAAGUCUGAUAUAUUCAAUAAAACAAGCUGAAGUAGGCUACACACAAGUUGCAACAGUAGAAGAAUGCCUGGCCAAGUGUGAAAGGCUUCAAUUUCUUACGUAGGAACAACUACCAGAGGCUUUUCUAAGUGUCUUGUAUUACACAGCUACACUGGUCUGAAGGAAAAAUUAUAUUAGCUGAUAAUUCAAGUAAUAAAAGAAUUUAAUUUAACCAUAGAGUCGUAACAAUAAAUUUAAACUAAACAAAAAGCAUUUAGAUUGCAAUUCUUGAAUUAAUGACUACGGAAAAAGCUACCACUUCCUGUAUUAACUAUUUCGUUAUGAUAAGAAAGAUGGAGCAAGUUGCAUCAUUCUAAGACAGUGAACUUUGCUUUAUGUAUCUCAUCAUGAUGAAAUUCUUAAAAACAAAGACCCAGAAGCAGCUCUUCUCAGGUGAAGUGAAACCUUCUAACCCCACUUCUCUUUUCCUUACAAGAACAUAGCUUCCAAUAUAUAAGCUUCUCAUAUACUGAUUAUAGAAAGGGAAACAGUGAGAAUUGGUAGAAUAUUGCAGAGACUGAAGAGGAGUGUGAGGAGGAAGCUUUCAGUUUUAAGUUGAAAAAUAAAGUUAUCUUCAUAGUGUAAAUCAACAAAGGAUUAUGGUGAGAAAACUGGUUUGAUCUUAAUCAUGCUCAGUUAAACAUAGUUUUCUGCGGCAAGGAUGUUUAUGCUGUAUCAAAGAUGCAUUUUAAAAACCCAUUAAAGCACGAUUUUUUAAGGAUCCCAUUUGUAUUUUGUAUAUGUUCCCAACUUUGACCAAAUUUUCUGUGACCAAUAUUAAUGAGUCUUGGCCAAUUUUUCAGUUAUGAGGAGACAUUUUAUGGAGAUAUGAGUUGUAACAAGAAAUGCUUAAUCAUAAUAUAAAAUUCUAAAUAUUCGUGUGAAUAUUUCCUUUU